AUGGCUAUCUUCUCUCGAAUCCCCUCGCUAUGGCGUCCAAGGGCUUAUUCGACAUCCAAGGACUCCCCGCCUCCCAAGACACCCUCACCGACACCAAUCGCGAAGGACGCCACUACCGCGCUCAAUGCGCAUGGCAUCCAACCCACCCCGGCGCCUGCACACGUUCUGAACGGUGCAGCACCUCCCAAACCGGUCAACGUCAUCCCUAGAAAGCCGGUCAUCAGCGCGCCUACACCUCCAACCCAAGCGCCGGCUCUCAAUGGCAACGCCCAUUCCAAACCCAGCGCUACGCCCUCGCCCUUGACACUGAAUGGUAGCGCUGGGCCCCAGGCUAAGGCGUCAACGUCAACAUACGUCCCACCUGACUUUGCAAUCGACGAAUGGAGACGGAUGAAAGUGGUCGUUAUCGGUGCCGGAUACUCAGGCAUAACCGCCGGCAUACGGUUCUCUCAGCGCGUUGCGAACCUCGAUCUUACAAUCUACGAGAAAGAGCGCGCAGUCGGUGGGACGUGGCACGUCAACCGGUACCCAGGUCUUAUGUGUGAUAUACCCUCGCAUUCUUACCAGCUCACAUUCGCUCCCAAUACUCAAUGGUCCGGCUUUUACGCCCCCGGCCCCGAGAUCAGGGCCUACCUCCAAUCCGUCGCAGACAAAUGGAAGAUCGCACGAUUCCUCAAACUCCGACACGAGCUCGUCAGUGCGAAAUGGGAUGAAGGCGCACACAAGUGGCGGUUGCGUAUCAAACGAUACGUAGAGAAGGAGGGUGGCGGCGAGGAGGAGGAAGAGUUCGAUGACGAUGCGGACGUGCUGUUCCUCGGUACAGGGGCUCUGUCUAGAUGGAAGUGGCCUGAUAUCCCAGGUCUCGAGACGUUCAAGGGGAAGGUGCUACAUUCAGCUCAGUUUGCGGGUGAUGAGGUUAAGGAGUGGGAGGAUGUUACGAAGGAUUGGGGUGAUAAGCGCGUGGGUGUUGUCGGGAAUGGAUCAACGGGUAUCCAGGCAGUUGCGGCCCUUCAGUCACGCGUCAAAACGCUCGUCAACUUCGCCCGACAGAAGACAUGGCUAUCCGCGUUAUUCGCAGUGCGGUCGAUGUUCGAGCUCAUAGGAAGGGACCCUGCAAGCGGACUCUACGACUUCCCGGAAGACUUCAAGAAGCGAUUAGCAGACGAUGCUGAGUUUUAUGACAAGUUCAGGCAUGCAGUCGAGCACGACCUUAAUUCGGUAGCGCAAGUUACGAUCAAGAGUUCGGCCAUGCAGAAAGCCGCAGCGGAGGCUUUCCGCGCGGACAUGGAGGCCAAGCUCGCGACAAAGCCCGAAUUGCGAGAGAAGAUUAUACCGGACUUUGCCGUGUGCUGUCGACGCCUGACGCCCGGGCCGGGAUAUCUCGAGGCGCUCUGCGAGGAGAAUACAACGCUCGAGACAACGCCCAUCGCGCGCCUGACGCCUACAGGUGCCGUCCUCACCGAUGGGCGCACCUACGACCUCGACGUCCUGGUUUGCGCCACUGGCUUCGAUGCCUCCUAUACCUACCCCUUCUCCAUCAUCGGUCGCGACGGCACCCCGCUCAAUCAACGCUGGACACCCCACCCCGAAGCAUACCUCUCCAUCGCCGUCGACGGUUUCCCGAACUUUUUCUGGGGCCUCGGACCGAACUCCGGCGUCAAUAGCGGGAGCUUACUGGUGGUGAUGGAAAGACAAGUCGACUAUGCGGUCGCUGCGACGUUGAAGAUGCAGAGGGAGAGGAUUGCAUGCAUGGAUGUCAAGAGGAGGGCGGUAGAUGCGUGGCGGGAGUAUAUGAAGGGGUUCUUCCCGAAGACCGUCUUCAACGAUGGCUGCAAGAACUGGUACUCUGCUCCGGACGGCCACAUCCGUGCGCUUUGGCCAGGUACGUGUCUCCACGCCGUGCGCACGCUCAGCAAUCCGCGCUGGGAAGACUGGGAGUACACACCUCUCGAUGGCGAGGAGGUCACGGGCGGGAACCCCCUAUACUGGCUUGGAGACGGGAUGAGCGCGAAUGAGAAGAGUAUGACGGGCGAUCGGGCGUGGUAUCUUGACGGGGUCGAUAUGCCGCCGGUCCCGGAGUAG